UGUAAAAUUCCUUGCAGCACUCACUGAAACACUAGGGCUUGCGAACUCGUUGUUUCAGAGUUUGGGAAUUCGCCAUGGCCACCGCCACCAACACCACCGCAGCACCGCCGCGCCAGCUGUCGCAGAAGGAAGCCGACAUCCAGAUGAUGUUGGCCGCCGACGUCCACCUCGGCACUAAGAACUGCGACUUCCAAAUGGAACGCUACAUCUUCAAGCGCCGCAACGACGGGAUUUACAUUAUCAAUCUUGGGAAGACUUGGGAGAAGCUUCAACUUGCUGCUAGGGUUAUUGUUGCAAUUGAGAAUCCUCAGGAUAUUAUUGUUCAAUCUGCGAGGCCUUAUGGGCAGAGAGCAGUUCUGAAGUUUGCUCAAUACACUGGUGCUCAUGCUAUUGCUGGAAGGCACACUCCUGGUACUUUCACCAAUCAACUUCAAACUUCAUUCAGCGAGCCUCGCCUUCUUAUCCUCACUGAUCCACGAACAGAUCACCAGCCUAUUAAGGAAGCUGCUCUUGGAAAUAUCCCAACCAUUGCUUUCUGUGACACUGAUUCUCCUAUGCGCUAUGUUGACAUUGGAAUUCCUGCUAACAAUAAGGGCAAACAUAGCAUCGGUUGUCUCUUUUGGCUUCUUGCCAGAAUGGUGUUGCAGAUGCGUGGUACCAUUCGCCCUGGCCUUAAGUGGGAUGUGAUGGUGGAUUUGUUUUUCUAUAGAGAACCCGAGGAGGCCAAGCAACAAGAGGAGGAUGAAGCUCCUGCGGGAGAUUAUGCCAUUGCAGACUUCAAUGCGGGUGCUAUUGCUGCUGAUGGCCAAUGGCCUGCUGCAGUUGAUCAGUCAUGGAGCGAUGCAGUUCCACAACCAAUUCCAGCAGUUCCUGCUGUCGGCUGGGCGGCAACAGAUGCUACUGGAGAUUGGGGUGAUUCCGUUCCACCACCGCAACAACAAAUCCCUGCGCCUGGAGUUGAGUCUGUCCAACCUUCUGGCUGGGACUAAACAAGUGUUUUUCAUGUUAUGAUUUUUGCCCCGUCCGUAAUUUAGUUUACUCUUUCCUUUCUUUGAAGUAAAAUAUGGAUCAGUUUUUUUGUAGCAAAGGAACUUCUUUUUUUUUUGUUUGGUAUGAGUGGCAAAGAUGUUACUAUUAACCUGGUAUAUUCGCUAAGAUUUUAUCUUGUUUUUAUUUAUGCCCAUGAUUCAUGAACGUUUUGAAUGAUACCCCGACUUUCUUUUCUUACCAAUUCCUUCAAUAUACUAUGAAUGUUUAGCAAUUUUAAGAUUGGUUUCGAUGGAGGCAAUUCAAGUUUU